AUGGAUGGAUCGGAUGAGAAAGUUCCAAAUAGAGGAAACGAUUGUUCAUUCGAAGAACGGACGUUCGAUUGUGACGAACACUUUUGCCAUAAAGGCCUUUGGUCUUGUGGUGAUGGAGAAUGUAUCGACAACAUGGGUCGUUUUGUUUAUGAACCGAGUCUUUCUACUGAUGAUCCAUGUAGAAGUAUGAGAGAGUACAAUUAUCAAUGUGAAAUGAGUACAGAUUAUCCACUAUGGACACUACCAACUGGUUUAUGCUGGCCAUUUCCAAAUUAUAUCGAUUCAGCAUAUCGUACAACAAAUAAUCAAGAAUGUUUGUACCUUAUUAAAUGUGCAUUGUCAGGUGGCCUUGAGAGUACAUGUCCAUGCAGUCACAAUCAAUGCUUGCAUUUAAUUAGCAAAACUUGUCCACAUACCAUUGAAUACCCAUCAGUGCCAUUGAUUCGACCCUAUAUAAAAACCUAUUUUGAAGCUGAUCGCAACUGGCAUAACAAAGAGCCAGAUACUUUUCUUGCCAGCGGUUCUAUUAAAUGUCGUGGAUAUCAAGCGCACAUCUACGUUCGUGAACCCCUGCCUAUGAUGCCUCAGUAUCUGUAUACAGCACUCAUGCUUGAUGACGGAAUUUGUGCAUUGCUGACUACCGUUCAUCGUAACACGUCACAUUUAGCAUCACCUUAUGAUUUUACAACAAUGGCACAAACAUUCAAUAACUUGCAGUAUCAAUUUUUUCAAUGUAAUCAAUCAAAAGUAUGCCUGUCGUUACAUCGCGUACAAGAUGGCCUUUGCGAUUGUGGUCCUGCUGAGCUGUGUGACGAUGAAUAUCAAACGUAUUUCGAUAACCAUUCGUGUCAACAAUAUCGUUUUCGAUGUUCGUCGGCCAGGUUUGGGCACUCAAAAAGGUGUUUAUACGUGUGGAGUAUGGGCGAUGGCACAACGGAUUGUCUGAACAGUUAUGAUCAUUAUGCCUUUGGAGUAAGCGAACUACCGUUAGUGCAGAUUACAUGUAAACAACGUAAUGAUAUUGGUUGCUCUUUGAUAAAAAAUUAUAUUAGACAAUCAUUGUUAUUGGAAACUAAUGAGACCAUCACAAAUACGGAAAUUUUCACAAUGUUCCAUAAUCUAACUAAUCUAUCCCAACAACCGCUAAUUCCAUUUCGAUAUUACUGUGAUACAUUCUGGUAUUUAAAUGCAGCAGAGGAUGAACUAUCAAGUUAUUGUAAAAAAUGGAUAUGUCCGAAGGAAAAAUAUCAGUGCUUGUCAGGCCACUGUAUUCCGAUUACAUGGGUGUGUGACGGUGUUUGGGACUGUCCAGAUGCAUCCGACGAACAAGGCUUGUUCAUUAUCGAUACAUCUGAACAUAAUCGAAAUUUACCUGAUUUAGGCAGUAUGAUAGAUAAAUGUCGACAGUAUUAUAACAAUCGAACACAAGCGUUUUCUAAUCACUGUAAUCUAUUAACUGAAUAUCCAUGUUUAUUGGCUAAUGUCACAGACCCGCUCGACUUAAGAAAAAAUCGACCUUGUAUUCUUAUCGAACAAAUAGGUGAUGGUCGCAGUGACUGCUAUGGUGGACUUGAUGAACGAAAUGUUUUAAGUCAUUGUGAGGCCAACAGAAUGAUAGGAUUCGGCUUUAGAUGUGAUGACUCGGCAUUAUGUUUAUACUCACCACAAGUGUGCUCAUCAUUAUAUCACAUGUCACGCUGCCCCAAUGGUGCAGACAUCCCAAUAUGUUUUCAUAACCAACUAUGGAUGACAAAUAAUGUGGUUGGUGCAGUAUGUUCAAAACCCACGGAUGUUAUGUGUUUGAAUGAUGAAUGCAUAGAGAAUGCUCGUUGUAAUGGCAUUGUUCAGUGUGAAAACGGUGAAGAUGAAUAUAGAUGUAGUUCCGAUAAAGAUAUUAGUAACCAAGUCAUAUAUCGAGGUAGUAAACAAAGUGAUCAUUAUAAAGAAGAAGCAAGUCUUUUAUAUCUGACGGAUUUUCCGCCUCCAUCUGCUUCUUUGAUAAAACAAAAAAGACUUCCAUAUAAAAAAAUAUCUAAGGAUACACUGCAAUCAACGACUGCAAAUGAGCAAGAACAUUAUCGGGCUGAAGCUUUCUUUUAUUGUAACCGUGGGGUAUAUAUUCUUUCGUCAGCAGGAGUACGAUGCUUCUGUCCGCCAUCAUACUAUGGAGAUAAGUGUCAGUUUUAUAGCGAUCGCUUGACAGUUAUCACUCAUUUAGCUCUAACCGACGAUAAGUUUCAAACAACAUAUAUUGCGAUUAAAGUAGUGGCUCUGUUUCUAUUCGAUAACAAUCAAAUUCUUGAUUAUUAUGAGUUUGAUGGCCGGGGAAAAUUUGAAAUGAAUGACAAGGAAUACCGAAAACACCGAUUCCAUUUUGUUUAUUCAAGAAAGGCCUAUUUUCUAAAACAUAAACGUGAACGAUAUUUCAAUCGAACAUCUAUCGCUCAAGAGCAUCCAUAUUCAAUUCAAUUUGAAGCUUACGAAUUAAGAUCGCACGACACUAUACCGCUCCUCGUUGGCCUUUGGCAUUAUCCAGUUUAUUUCGAUUAUUUGCCUUCGUAUCGUCUAUCGAAAAUAUUGAGAUUAUCAUUGAAUUUAACAAACGAUGCAUGUUCGACAAAUGAUACUACGUCCAUUUGUAAAAACGAUAACUCGAUGUGUCAGCCUCUGCUUAAUGCUAAUCAUUCAUACAAGUGUUUGUGUAAAUCUGGUUAUUACGGUGAGAACUGUAAAUCGUUUGAUCAACAAUGCUUAGCUUCCUCUUAUUGUUCUCCAACUUCCAUAUGCAAGUCUCGCUUAUCGUCAGCUCGUAAACCAUUGUGCAUAUGUCCGUUGAAUCAUUUUGGACCGACGUGCCAUUUGAAAUAUGAUCCCUGUAAUCAAGUUCCGUGUUUAAAUAAUGGUUCGUGUUACAACGUCUAUGAUCACACACUGCUGCAAUCUUACAAAUGUGUAUGUAUAGAACAGUUUUAUGGUGAUCGAUGCGACCGCAAAAAAAUGUCAGUUAAAAUCCAACUAAUCACAAAUUCAACUCUAACACAUGGGAUACUCGCUAGUGUUAUACAAUAUUACGAUAUCAAUUAUGUCACGUUCGAGUUAGUUUCUAAAUAUCAAGAAGUGUAUUUGUCAUUGCCAUCGAGUUUUGAGUUCUAUCACGGUCAAAUCACAGCACCAGUACUUUGUGUUUUAAAAAUCUACGAAAAAGCUGAUCUGCAUAAUUAUCGUUCUACUUAUUACAUUUUAUAUAUUCAAAAAAAUCAAACAAUCAUCAAUAUUAAAACACAACUCACAACCAAUCGUUGUCCUCAUACAGAAUCAUUAUUAGAUAUGGCAGAAAGCGCUGGUAAGCCUUGAAAAAGAUUCACUAUCAUUUCUAAAAGAGAAGAUGGACGCUUAUUUUCGAUAAGCAUUUCACGCACAUCCGGAGAGGUUAUGCUUGUGAAUUACCUUAUUGUGCUAUCAAGGUCUGCGUAUUUAUAAUGAUUAUAAAUCAUGUCAUCGGCUAGGUACUUGUGGUCUAUUGUGUUCGAUAUGGCGUCGACAUAGAAGUGGUGUAUGAUUCUAACAAAUCUGCUGUUAAGGUUCAUCGAAAGAACAGCUAACUGUCAUUUAGAUAAAUCAGACUUUCCUAGAAACUGAUAUGCUUUAUUUCGGUCUAGUGUUCUUGUCAGCGUGACCAACAUGCUUUUUGUCGUUUUCAUGAUCUCAAGAUUUGCUGGAUAAAGACCAGGAUCGGUACUGAUAGGUAGACCAAUUGUCUGUCGAAUUAUAAUCGUUUCUGGAAUAAAGCAGCUGUUUUCGACUAAAAAUUUGAUAAACUGACCAAAAGCGUCUCUACUAGCAAUUGUAAGGGUUCAUUUUAGUUUUUAUGAACACUAAAAGCACUUUGAUAUAUGGCAAAUCAAAUAUCUGACAAAAUAACGGUAUUCUUUGAUAAACAGGUCUUCCUUUCUAUCAAUUUUAUACUCUCAAUUAAAAAGUCGUAAGGAAUAGUAGUGCAAACUGUUGAAAAUUUUUUAUGAAAUUUCGGAAUCCAGUACGUAAAGGUAAUGUUUCACAUUAUCUUUUAUGCUAAAAUAAUAUUCAUUAUAUCAUAUGAUGAAUAUCAUUUUAGCAUAAAAUGAAUAUGAAUCUUUCCAUAUGAUUCAUAUGGAAAGUGGCGUCCACAACUUUCAGUACUUUUUGUUUCUAUACACUUCAUGCGUGUCUGAAGGAAUAUGAUAUCCAAUUGUCGUUUAACAGUCUCUCCUUACAUAUUGCCAGAACUUUCUGCUUGCUGCAUCUACUGGAGCAAUCACAUUUUUAUCAUGUAUACCUUUAAGUGCUUCUAAAACAUCAGCGUGAAAAACGCCUAACUCUGCUACCGGAGUGUCUGUGCGUUACCGUUUUUUCUCUUUUCGUCUAUCCUAUAAUAUUUGGAAGGAAUAUCGUAGAAUCCUGGAAAGCGUCUUGUUUUGUAGAAUGAAGU